UUCAAGCGGUAAUAAUUCCCACUGUUAUCAACUUGGGGUUGCUGAGUGCCCGAUGAGUUGGUAACUUAGAUUUCUAACCACGCGUAGAAAAGGUUUUGGUCUUGAAGUUGAGAAAGGGGUAAUUGACAUUGGUGUGACAUUGGAUGCAGUCUUUGAAGCGUUUUCUGUGAGGGGGAGGGAAAAUAACGAUAACUUUAAGAGUUUAAUGCCUUGUCACUUACGUCAGGAAACUUGCACCGGAAAGAGAAAGAGGAAAAAACUAAACCUUAACCCCUAUCAAUUUUUUUCCGGACACUCAAGGAAAUUAAAAAGUCAAGCUUGUAAGUAGAAAACUCGUGAAAGCCUUGAACACAAUGCAUUCCAAAGUAUUUUCAAUUACUCUACAACUCAACGCGACAACACAUUGAUUAUGCAAAUGUCAAUUGUUUGUCAAUCAAGCACAAUGCGUUUGACAGCAGCGGGUUUAAGGGUCUUGCCUGUUUAUGUAUCACUGCGGAUGGCUCGUAUUGCACAGUUAACGGUGACCUCGACUUCGUCCACUUGGCAACGAGCAACGCUCGUCUUCGGUUUCCGACACAUUUCCACCUAAACCGUCACAGCCAGAAAUAACCCCGGGACAAUCCGACUAUCAGGCAUUAGUUCGUUUGAUGUGCUUCCACUGAGGACGCAAUUUAACGGGGUAACGCAGGAAACGAUGCUGAAAUUCGCGGUGCGGAAAACAUCAUCGUCAAUCUUCCACGAUGCGGUGGCGCGCAAGGACAUUGUCAGGCUUGCCUUUCUCAUGGAAAGCAACCGGCGCCAAUUCAACGUGGAUUUACUGGACGAGGAUGGGCUGACAGCUCUGCAAAGGGCUUGUUUUACAGGGAAUUUAAAGCUUGUGCAAUUGUUGGUCUCGUACGGGGCUAACCUUGAUAUUCAAGACAAAGAAGGUUGGAGUGUUCUACACGCCGCUGCGGUCGCCGGGAAUUUAUCGAUUUUGAGGUAUUUAGUGGCAGUUGGAGCUGACGUUUCAGUGCGAAAUGACUUAGGAGAGUUACCGAUAGAUGUUGCAACAGAUGUACAUUGUGUUAUUGUACUUGCGGAAGGUAUGAAACGUGCUGGGCUGAGAAAGCUCACGGAUAAGUUCUUCGCUAAGAGACCACAACUCAAGACACUUAUCAAAGACAGGUAUAUUGGCAUGAUCUCUUCUGGGACUUGUGAUAACAAGAACUCGAACAAUGACCAAGGAGUUAAAUUAAUUGAAAUAGGAGGUCCACCGGACAAGGGCAGUCUAUUUGAUGAUGGUACAGUAUUAAUCCCAAGGCGUGCAGUGUGUAAGAAAUGCCAGGGAAGAAAGAGAUAUUCGACAGCUUCAACAUGUUCGUCAGGAUCGUCCACUUCGAGUUCUUCAGACUCGGCUUACAUAUCCUCUAUGUCGUUAUCUGAGAGCUACAGCGACUCACAAGCUGUGAUAACAUUAGAUAGAGACAUUGAGUGGUACAGUGCUUUUGCUCCGUCUACACCUCAUCAAACAUCAACACCAUCUUCAACACCCUCGAAAUCUCGUCUCAGGCAAGAGUACUUCUACACCAAGCCAAGAGGUGUAAGCUCACCACCGGACCUCUCGAGCAAAGUGAACGCUCUCUCGAGUUUAAUACAAGGCUUGGAUAACGUCAACGACUUGAACGAUUCGGGCAUUUCUUUACUUCAUGAGAUGGCCGGAAGGGGGGACUCGGAAAGCGUACAGUUUUUGCUUGAGCAUGGAGCGGAAGUGAACAGGCAGUCUUUGAAUGGUAGUAGUCCUCUUCAUGAGGCUGUACAAAGCGGGAAUAUUGACUGUACGCUGUUAUUGCUACGCUCUGGCGCGGAUUUGUACGCGGAGACGGAUGGCGGUUUUUUACCCAUCGACAUAGCGCGGGAAAAUACGAUCCGAGACAUAUUACGAAGAGCAAUGAGCAUUAGAUAGAAAACAUUACUUUUACAAAGAUGGGAAUCUUAACCAAAUCUUAUACAUUGUACAAGUAAUUUUAGAUGGGAUGUACAGAUAUUUUAAUUGAUGAGUUUAAAUAAAGAGAGCUAAUCUAUAACCAUGAUAAA